AUGGACGUCCUCAAGCGACAGGAAGAGUACAAUGGCACGACCACCGAUGCCUCCUCGGGUUGGGACACUGGCGCCACCGACCUCAAUGUGUUCUACGACACCGGCCACAUGGCUUUCAUGAUCAUCUGCGCCGUCCUCGUCCUCCUUAUGAUUCCCGGUGUCGGCUUGUUCUACUCCGGUCUCGCCCGUCGCAAGUCUGCUCUCGAGCUGCUCCUCCUCUCCAUGAUCUCCGUCGCCGUCGUCGGCUUCCAGUGGUUCUUCUGGGGAUACUCCCUCACCUUCUCCCGCACCGGCAAUGCGUUCCUCGGCGACAUGAGCAUGAUUGGUCUGCAAAAGGUCAUUGCCGAGCCCAACGGCGCGAGUACCCUGCCCGACAUCCUCUUCUGCCUGUACCAGGGCAUGUUCGCAUCCAUCACGCCCGCGCUCGCCAUUGGCGCCGUCGCUGACCGUGGUCGCGUCCUGCCCGCGAUCGUCUUCAUCUUCAUCUGGACGACCGUCGUGUACGACCCCAUUGCGUACUGGACCUGGAACGGCAACGGCUGGCUCUACAAGCUCGGCGCUCUCGACUUUGCCGGUGGAGGCCCCGUCCACAUCUCUUCGGGCACCUGUGCUCUCGCCUACUCCAUCAUGCUCGGCAAGCGCACUGGCUACUCCAGGACCGCCGGCAUGCCAUGGCGCCCCCACAACGUCACAAACGUCGUUAUCGGCACCGUCUUCCUCUGGGUCGGCUGGUUCGGUUUCAACGGUGGCUCUGCUCUAGGCAUGAACAUUCGCGCCAUCAUGGCCAGCUACAACACGCAGCUCGCGGCGUGCAUGGCUGCCCUCGCCUGGAUCCUCCUCGACUACCGUCUGGAGAAGAAGUGGUCCACCAUUGGCUUCUGCUCCGGUGCCAUCUCUGGCCUCGUGGCAAUCACCCCUGCCGCUGGUUUCGUUACCCCCUGGGGCGCCCUGAUCAUUGGCAUCGUUGGCGGCGUCUGCUGUAACUUUGCCACCAAGCUCAAGUUCCUCAUCGGCGUUGACGAGGCUCUCGACAUCUUUGCCGUCCACGGCAUUGGUGGCAUGGUCGGCAACAUCAUGACUGGUGUCUUUGCUGCUUCCUGGAUUGCCAAGCUCGAUGGUGCCGAGUGGGGUCCCCUUGGCUGGAUCGAGCACCACUGGGUGCAGAUGGGCUACCAGUUCGCCGGCACCGUGGCCGCCUUCUCCUGGUCCUUUGUCCUCACCUGCCUCAUCCUGUUCCUCCUCAACCUUGUGCCUGGCCUCAGCCUGCGUGCUACCCCCGAGGAGGAGGAGCUCGGCAUGGACGACUGCCAGCUCGGUGAAUUCGCCUACGACUAUGUCGAGCUCACUCGACACCUGUCGGACACUGCCAGCGUCAUCUCCAGCCAGGUUCCCCCUGGUGUCGGGAGCAGCGCUGCCAGCAGCCAUGAGAAGGGGGCUGAGACUGUUUAA